UCCCUCUCAGACGUCGAGCCGCUGCUCGUGCGCGCGGCGAAGAGCCUCCCCGUGGAGCGCCCGCCGGCGUGGAUGAUGCGUCAGGCGCGUUCUAUCUCACGCCGGUCCCCAUACGACCGCGCGGGUCGAUACAUGAAGGAGUACCGCGACCUCGCGGUGAAGUAUCCGUCGUUCCGAGAGCGCUCGGAGAACACGGAUCUGAUCGUAGAGAUCACGCUUCAGCCGUGGAGGGCGUUUCAGCCCGACGGCGUGAUCCUGUUUUCGGACAUUCUGACCCCGCUCCCCGCGAUCGGGAUCCCGUUCGAGAUCGAUGACUACAAAGGUCCGAUCCUCGACCAACCGAUUCGCGACGCCGAAGGUCUCAAGUCGCUGCACGAGCUCGACCUCGACAUGCUGCCCUUCGUCGGCGAGGCGCUCACGGAGCUGCGGAAAGAAGUCGGCGACUCCGCGGCGGUCCUCGGGUUCGUCGGCGCGCCGUGGACGCUCGCGACGUACAUCGUCGAGGGCGGCUCGAGCUCGACGUACAAGACGAUCAAGUCGAUGGCCAUGACGGAGCCGGACACGCUGCACGCCAUCUUGAGCGCCGUCGCGGACGCGGUCGGGACGUACGUCGGGUAUCAGAUCGACGCGGGCGCGCAGUGCGUGCAGAUCUUCGACUCUUGGGGAGGGCAGCUCCCGCCGCACAUGUGGGAGGUGUGGAGCAAGCCGUACAUUCAACGCGUCGUGGACAAAGUCAGGGCGUCGCACCCUGGGACGCCGCUGACGCUGUACGCGAACGGUUCGGGAGGGUUGCUCGAGCGGAUGGCGACGACGGGGGUCGACUGCAUCGGCCUGGACUGGACGAUCGACAUGGAGGACGGCAGGCGGCGAGUGGGCGACAAGGCGGUGCAAGGCAACGUCGAUCCCGCGGUGCUCUUCGCGCCCCCGGAGGCGCGUUCUAGCAUCACACUGAUCCCCGCGGUGGAGAAGGCGGUCCAGGACGUCUGCGCGAAGGCGGGGCCGGUCGGUCACAUCCUCAACCUCGGGCACGGCGUGUUGGUCGGGACGCCGGAGGAGAACGUCAAGGCAUUUUUCGACGCCGCGAAGAAGAUCAGGUAUUGA